AUGUUUUUGUGGCUCAUUAGGACGCCAUGUAAGACACCUGCUGCUGAUGUCGAACUUGUGACUCUUAUGUCUCUGCAGCUCGCUGAGAUAUCAGAUACUCAGCGUAUUGUUGACGCCAAUACUGGGCCUCUUAUUGUGUCUCCACAGUCCUUUGAGACGCCAGAUACUACGCAUGCCGUUGACGUUGAGCUUGAAACUGUUCUGGAAUCUCAGCAGCUUUUUGAGAUGCCCGAUACUCAACGUGUUGCUGACGCUGCUCUUGGGCUUCUUCCGGUGUCUCCGCAGCUCUACGUGCAGCCACACUCACCACUUGUUGAGACGUCUCAUUACAUCUAG